AUGCUAAAUGAACUGGAGUGUGUAUGGACGGCACUUUUCGGUGAAUGUGUCACUCCUGGAUUGCGGCACAAUGAGCAUAUACUGAACUCGUCCAUCGCAUCUGAGUUCUCGUCGACAGACAACGACGGAAUUUCAUCGAGGAACGAAGAUGCUAAACUCUACAGUCUGAAAAGGGUGCUGCAAGUGGCACUAGACAACGCCGACCCGGAGCUGACCGAAGUAGCAGUUGAGGCGGUCUUCAAAGCACGUGAAGAGCUAGUGAACGUUUUCAAAAAUGUAGCGCAAGAACAAGGAUUUAAUGAAACACUAAGGGAUGCGAUCAAACUGAUCACCAUUGAUGCGCUGAAUCGCAAAGUCAAGGAACGUAACGUAGACCUCGCGCCUUCUAUGACUGACAUCGGCAACGUAAAAGCAGUCAGAGGAUACUUCGAGAAAGCCACGGAACUUAAGCAGCUUCUAAAAGCCAUCAAGCAAGUGGACUCGGAUAUCGCACGCGUGCAGCGCGACAUUCAACAGGUGACGCGCCUUCCGUGCUGUGUAAUAAAUGUACAGGAUCGUGCCACGCUGGAAAAGGUGGAAGAAUAUAUGAACGCUUUGCAGAGCCAGGAGUGA